AUGCUUUCUCGACGGUCUCCUCCAACAACAUCGACACGACCUCCAAGUUCGAAAUCUCUUGGGAAGAGUGUCGAGAGUCCUAGUAAUAAUCAACAAAACAGCAACAAUGCCACUAAUUUAGAACGUUCUGCACAUUUCGGACAGAUCGAUGCUAAACUUUUACAAGUUGGUACAAAGGUCUGGGUAGCCGAUUCUAUGGUUCUCUGGCGUAUUGGUGAAGUUCAAUCAAUUGGUGAAGACCGGAAGACGGCACAAGUGUACCUUCCGGAUGCUGCGGAUGACCAAGUCCAGACUUUGAGAAUGGAUCAACUUUAUACAUUCGAUGCAUCACAUAUUGUGGACCACUCUGAUGUGGCUUUAAUGAAUAAUUUACACGAAGCGCCACUGCUUAAUGUCUUGCGUCAACGUUUUGAACGGGAUGAAAUUUACACGUUUACGGCUGAUAUUUUACUUUCAAUUAAUCCGUACAAAUCGAUACCUUUGUUGUAUGAUGUCGUUGGCUUUAUGACAAAUCGGGAAGUUGCAAUAUCUUCUGGAGACGGUGAGAGUAGUGCACCACCACAUUUGUUUGCAAUUGCUGAAAAAGCAUAUACCGGUAUGAAGGGUGUGGUACCUGGAACUGGAUCUCCGCAAUCGAUUGUUAUAAGUGGUGAGAGUGGUGCUGGCAAGACGGAGGCAUCUAAGUACAUUAUGAAAUAUCUUGCGACUGCUAGUAAGCAUGUGGCUAGUGGUAGCACUGGAAAGAAUCUUACGGGUGUUCACGACCAGAUUGAAGAGUGUGUUGUAUUGUCAAAUCUGAUUCUAGAAUCAUUUGGGAAUGCUAAAACAUCUCGUAAUGACAAUUCUAGUCGAUUUGGUAAAUAUAUUCAGAUUCAUUACAAUCAUGAAGGACGCAUGGCAGGAGUUUCAAUUCGUCAUUUUUUACUUGAAAAAACACGACUUGUUCGUCCUGAAACAAACGAACGCAAUUAUCACAUUUUCUACCAAUUACUUGCAGGAAUCGACCAACUCCCCGAUUUAUCAAUAUCUGCUCGGCCAUUAUUACUUCAGCAUAAUGCAUGGAAUUAUACAUACCUUACACGUGGUGAUUGUAUUAAGAUUGAUGGAGUAAAUGACGCAAUUGAAUUUGAGCAACUUCGACAUUGUCUUGAGCAAUUAGGAAUGGACUAUACCAGCUUCCAGCGUCCGAUGUUUGAGCUUCUCGCCGCUAUUCUGCACCUUGGUAAUGUUACUUUUGAGAAAGUGGCUACAGAAGAUGAAAGUGAUCAGACUCAGAUUGUAUUUCCUGAAAGUGAUAUCGGUGUUCAUUUAGAACAUGUUUCUAUGUUACUUGGGGUUGAUGCCAAGGAAUUUGCGACUAAAAUGAUUACGCAAACGACUGUCACUGGCCGAGGAAGUAUACUUGAGCUUAAGUUGACGCCCGAUCAAGCAAAAAAUGCCAUGGAUGCAUUUUGCAAAUAUCUCUUUGGGGAAUUAUUUGACUAUGUCAUUACACGUAUUAAUGCUUGUGCAAAGCAACAGACUUCUGAUUCUGUUGCCAAUCAUGACAAAAAAGUACCAAUUCGGCAUGAAAUGGUACCUACUCUCUCUGUGUCACCAUUUAUUGGGAUUCUUGAUAUCUUUGGGUUUGAAGUCAUGAAACGCAAUAGCCUUGAGCAAUUGUGUAUUAAUUUUACGAAUGAAACCCUUCAACAACAGUUUAAUAAGCACGUAUUUGUACUUGAGCAAGAACGAUACGCACGUGAAGGAAUUGCUGUGUCUCCUGUUGAAUUUCAAGAUAAUCAACGCUGUUUGGAUUUAAUUCAAAAGCCACCACUUGGAUUAUUGCCUCUAUUAGAAGAACAAAUGUUAUUGAAACGCAAAACAACCGAUAAACAGCUUUUGACGAUAUAUCAUAGCCACCAUUUGGAUAAACACUCUAGCUAUGCUAAACCACGUUUUGAGUGUGACGAAUUUAUCAUUCGACAUUACGCUGGAGAUGUCACGUACGACAUUCAUGAUUUUAUUGCUAAAAAUACCGAGAACCUUCAUGAUGACUUACUUGAUCUGCUCCGUCAGAGCUCACAACCACUUUUGCAAGCCAUGCUUCGUACUCCAACUGCCUCUGCACUUAAUGAUGCAAUCAUUAAACGUGGUCCUUCAACGCCAACAAACAAUAAUCACAAACGGGCACAAAGUACAUCCCUAACUGGAACUACAACAGUAUCUAGUCGGUUUCGAACACAACUGGGAGAUCUUAUGGAUGUAUUAUGGCACACGACUCCAAGCUACAUUAAGUGUAUCAAACCAAAUAAUCUUAAGUUUCCACGAGGUUUUAGCUGUGAACUCGUGCGUGAUCAACUUGUCUAUAGUGGCGUGUUGGAGGUUGUUCGUAUUCGACAGGAAGGAUUUCCAAUUCGUAAGAUCUUUAGUGUGUUUUUUGAACUUUUUUGGCCUCUGGCAAUUGCAACUUUUCGAGUUGCAGAUACUCGCAACAAUGCCAUUCGUACACGAGAGGCGUGUGAGACUAUUGCACGUAAUUGGUUGAAAGAAAAGGAUGCUGAAAAUGAAAUGAUGCAAUGUAAUGAAUCGCCUGAGCUGAAAAAAGGUGCUGGUAUAUCAACACGACAGACUUUUGCAAUGGGAAAGCACGAGAUCUUUCUGCGAUACGGUCAAAUUGAGCGUCUUGAGGGCUCGUUAGCGACAUUACGACAUGACAGUCUUGUACUUAUACAAGCAAAAGUUGUUCGGGCACGAUUGGCGUAUAAAAAGUUUCAUAGAUUGCGUCAUGCAACUGUCAAAUGGCAAGCGCAAUUGCGGAUGCAUUUACAACGACGCAACUAUUUGCAGCAACGCAAAGCAACAGUCAUAAUACAAGCACGAUUUCGUGCAUUUCACUUUUCGAGACUUUGGUAUUUGAAAAAAUGUGCAGCAAUUCUUUUGACGCGAAAAUGUCGACAAUUUCUUGUACGAUGCCAAUUUUUGCGUCUCAUCAAGUGGACACGAGCAGCGACAGAAGUGCAGCGACACAUUCGCGGGUUUUUGCUUCGAACUGCGGCAGAACGUGAGCGAAAGUUGCGCGAUCGUUCAACGUUGCAGUUGCAGUCUUGGCACCGCAUGGUGAAACACCGUCGAAGGUUUUUACUUCAACGUUUCGCGGCUGUGCAAGUGCAAACGAUAAUUCGAUCGCGAAUCAUCCGUCGUCGUUUCUUACGUGACAAAAAUGCUGCAAUUAUUGUUGCAGCAUUUGCACGUCAAGUGAUACAAUUGAGACGUUUCAAACGGUUAAAAGCAAAUAUUGUGAAAACCCAAGCAUUGGCUCGCAAAUAUGCAAAACGACGGAUGUUUGUGGCAUUACGAAGUGCUGUCGUGAGUCUUCAGAGUGUACGUCGUCGCCAUGCUGCUCGAAGAAUGAUGGAUGUUCGUAAAGCAGCGGUCCAGUGUUUGCAACAGGCUAUGGUUGGAUGGAUUGCAAGAAGGCGCUUUGUCAAGUUAAAGCGAAGCACGCGCAGAGUGCAGGCAAGUGUCACGACGUGGCUUUUAUGUCGUCAUUUUCGACUUAUUCGAAAAGCGUCAAGACGCAUACAAAAAAUGUGGCGCACAUACAUUCAGCGAGUGGCUUGGCAACUUGAAGUAGCAAGAGUGUUUAAGGGUACAGAGAGUGAUAAACACUUGACAACAUCAUGGACACAACACUCGCGUAUGGAAGAUUCGGAUUAUCGAAUGGCAAAGUUGCGUCUUCAGCCGGAAAUUUUUUUUAUGCUGCAACCUCGAACUUUUGGGUACAAUUCGCUUUUUCAUAAAGCUGCUGCUUGUGGCGAUUUCUAUGUUGUAAAGUACAUGCUUACUAAAUGUGCAAGUAAUCACUUGCUGACACUUAAAAAUGGACGGGGGUUUACAGCAUUUCACGAAGCGUGUGCGUUUGGGCAAUAUGCUAUGGUAAAAUAUCUUGCCUUGCAAUAUAUUGCGAUUAUUGAUUUGCCUGAGCAACUGAAAACGGAGGAUCCGGAAAAAGAUGAAAACUCAACGACAGAUGAAAUGAAUAAUCAGGAAGAGCGUGAGCCUGAAGUCAAGCGAACUAAUGUAUACAGUGGAUACCUUCGCAAGCGACGCGAGACAUCGCGCUGGAUGCGACGAUACGUCGUACUUAGUGUGGAAUCUGAUACUUUCGAUCGUCCUCAACUCGACUAUUUUCCAAACGACCGGCAAGCUACACUGAGUAGCCAAAGUUCGCGUCAAAUCGAUUUGACAACUGCUCUAUUGAAAACGAGUAUAGACUUACCUUUUGCAUUUGAACUUCAUUCUCCACAAUUGCUUGGUGGUCGCAAUAAAGAGGGUCGACUGUACUUUGCGGCCUCAGAUGCUUUGGAAAUUCAAUGCUGGCUCGCCCAUUUGAGAAACAUCAUUCCUAGUAGUAUCGAGUCAAGAGUGUUUGCAAUGCAUCGAUCUGCUCAAGGGAAUCAACUUGAGUUUAUUGACUUUCAAGCGCGACAAAAAGUCUGCAAUUUUCAAACUUUCUCUCCUCGACUUGAAUCGCCUUUGCACUUGGUGGCUAGCUGCAGUAAUUUUGAUGUCUUGGCACCAAUUAAAGACGAAGAUUGUGAUAAUAAUCAGAGUAGUUCAAGUGAAAUUCAACUCGACGUUUCGAUUCCAGAUAUUUAUCGAAGUUUGAAAUCCAAAUGUCCUUUGAAUGCUGAGCUUGAACUUGUGAAAACAACUCAGUGGCUUCUUGAAAACGGAGCAGACAUUAAUGCACUUACUGCACAUCACGAAUCACCACUUCAAUUAGCAUUGCAAGCGGGACAUUUGACAUUAUCAAAAGUAUUACUGGAUCGUGGAGCACUUGCAUCCGGUCUUUCAGAACCUCAUUUGAUGUUGGUACGAAGUUUAAAAGCUGAAUUGGCAAAAACAGCGAUUACUAGUAUUUCAUCUUCUUCAACAACUUCACUUGGACCACAAACGCCAAAGAAAAUGAACGGAUUGAUGGCAGCUGGAAGUGCGUUGCUGAAACGACCUCGUCGUAUGGACGAAUUUCCGUUACUUUUUCUUUUCAAACAACCUGGCAAAGUUCUUAAUAGUUUAUAUGUUUCACUAUUUGUCGAGCUCAUUGGACUUGGUAGUGCACCAUCAUUAGGAACUCGAGGACCACGAAUUGUCGUGUCAGUCAUGGAUCGAGAACAAAAUCUGGUCGAAAUGCAGCAACAAGUGUCCGUGCAACCUGUUGCAGCCUCCAAUGCGCUGUUAUGGGGAUUUACGUGGCACAUGCAAACACCAUUAGAGAAUUUGCCUCAUGGAGCUUGCGUUGUGAUUGAAUUAGCUUCUACAGCCAGAAGUUGUGCUUCUCCGACAUGUGAAAGUGUUACUUCUCCUACUCUUGGGGCAAGUGUACUUGUUCCCGAGUGUUGGACAUAUGUGCAAGUGGACCAGCGUACAGCCAAUAGCGCUCCCAUAACAUCGGAAAUCAGUACGUAG